UGAAUCCGAAGAACUUACUACUGAGCACGCGCUGUUCCAAAUCCAAGUGCUCUGAGCGCACUGGUGCGAGCUCUUUUCUAAUCCCCAUCCGGCGUUGUCUUCAGUGGGGCCUGGGGUGAUAUUAUUCUGAUCUUCGUGCUCGUUGUAUACACCCCGCGCGUGACUGGUCCAAUAUGUCGACCUCGGUCCCGGGAGAGAGAACCAGGACACCGACGGUGUUUGAACAGCAAAGAGAGGAGUUGGUGAGGGAGAUCGCGGUGGGCAUGGAAGAAGUCCUCCAGAAUAUCAAUCGACUGAACCGGAAUUUGGAAGGAAUAAUUGCUGUUGGAAACGAGUUCAGCUCUGUCGAGGCACUAUGGUCACAAUUUGAAAACUUCAUGGGCCGAGAUGGCGAGGAAGGAGCAGGCGAGGGCCAUGCGGAAGGAGAGGCCCAGGAUGAUCAUGACCAGCAUGAGGAUAGCCGAGUAGAAGAAAGCGGAAGAGGCAGUGCUACAGACAUCAAGGACGAGCGAUGAAUUGCUAGCUGCUGUUCCAUCACGAUAGAGUUUGAGAUCGCCGUCCAUGCAUACGAUCCACUUUGUGUUUUGUUUGAGAUACCAUGUUGAUAUUUGAAUUCGCCUUUUUUCCACUUAUUUAUUACCA